AUGGCACGUGUUGCUGAUAAAAUAAAAUUGAUAGAUGGAUCAAGGGAAGCUCUUAAGCUUUCUGUAAGGAUCACUGAUCUUUGGUUCAUUGGGAUUCCUGGAAAGACUGAACAAGCCGAAAUGGUGGUUGUUGAUUCUGAUGAUCAGCUGAAGUCUCGCAAGGCUUAUUUGAAAGAGAAUUUGACUUAUGUGAUGCAUAAUUUUAAAGUUAUCAAGAAUGAUGGGAAAUUCAUAUUUUUGUCUUAUUUGAAUGAUAUUGAAGAUGAAAGGCCGAUCGUUAUUCUCUUGACUCAUGCUAGGAUUAAGGAAGCACAGGAUUUAGGGAUCGAGGUUAGAUCAAUUUUGGCGCCUAUUGGACAAGGGAGUUCACAGGUUUCAGGCUCAUCUCAAUUAUCAUCAAAAGAUGUGUUUCUGUCAAAGACUGAAGAGUUUGUUCGUGUUACUGUCGCCAAGAUUACAACCAUAGUGAUGGACAACUAUUCAUGGUGCUAUCCGGCUUGUGGUCAAUGUUAUAAAAAAGCUGACAUGCAAACUGUGCCAUUCACAUGUCUGUAUGGCAAAGAGAAUGAUCAACCUGUACUGAGGUAUCGGGUUGAGGUGAUGGUUAGUCACAAGGGUGAACAAACCAAAUUUUUGAUCUGGGAUCGUGAAUAUGCACAGUUAAUUGGUCAGUCAGUGGAUGAAGUCAACAGGCUCAAAAUAGAAGAUGGAGAUGUUGAUUUAAAUGCCUCUCCUCAAGCACUAGAUAGACUAUUGGGUUGUUUCCUUGCAUUCAAAGUGAAGGUGCAACCAAGGUUCAGGAAUUUUGUUGUUCUUAAAUAUUCAGAUGAAUUAGAGUUGAUCAAUGUUGUGCUAGAUAUGAUUCCCGAUAGUGAGCCAUGUUGCAAGAUCGAGAAUUCAAUACUUGAGUCGACCGAUCCUACAGUGCUUGAAUCUCAAUCUCUGUCUAUUACAGCUGAUCAUGAUCGGUCAAUGCUUGCCUCAAGUGAGCCUACAGAGUUUGAAUCUCAAUCUGUGUCUGUUACCGGGGAUCAUGACCCUCUUCUCGGGAUUCCAUUGACACCAACUAAGCGCGUAUCUUCUUAUGAGUUAGAUAAUGAGCGAAAAAACUUUGAGAUCUCACCUGCUGAAGUUUCCUCGAACAAAUUAGCCAAGCAUUCUUAG